CGCCUCGACUAGCCCUAGCCACCCACCCUCGCGUCUGCUGUUCUCACCACCUCGUCGCCUGCGUGCGUGCCGCGGCGAUGAGCGCGCAGGCAUGGUCCGCGGCGUGGCCCUGCUGUGCGCGCUCGCCGUGUUCGUGCUCGUGGCGGCGGCCUACCUGUUUCCAAGGCUGCCCAACCGCCGCGCGAAUGUCGGCCGCGCGGGUCUGGGACCUCCGCGGUACGUGACGCGGGAGGGCCGGCCCAGCAAGCUCUCCUUCGAAGACAUGCUGCGUGACGAUUUCGAGUUCGACAUGCGCGGUUCGGACGUCAUGGUGUUCCUGCACAUUCAGAAGACGGGCGGCACCGUGUUCGGCCGGCACCUCGUGCGCGACCUCGCCCUGGAGCGGCCCUGCCAGUGCCUGCGCGGCCGCAAGCGUUGCCGGUGUGCGCGGCCCCCGUCGGCGGCGGCGGGCGGCCAGCGCUCGUGGCUCUUCAGCCGCUACUCGACGGGCUGGAAGUGCGGCUUGCACGCCGACUGGACCGAGCUGACGGCCUGCGUCGACCGGGCCAUGGAUCGCGCCGAGAGAUCGCCUGCCAAGCGCCGGUACUUUUACGUGACGCUCCUGCGGGAACCUGUGGCCCGGUUCUUGAGCGAGUUCCGGCACGUGCAACGUGGUGCCACCUGGAGAGGCUCCCGCCACUUGUGUGGAGGCCGUGCCCCCACUGCCGACGAGCUGCCCCUCUGCUUCAAUGGUUCAGACUGGCGAGAUGUCACCUUCCAGGAGUUCCUGGCGUGCCCGUGGAACCUGGCUGUGAACCGUCAGACACGCAUGCUGGCCGACCUGACCCUCGUUGGGUGCUACAACCGGUCGGGCAUGAGCGAGCGCAAGCGUGACCUGCUGCUGCUGGCUAGUGCACGGGAGAACUUGCGCCGUACAGCGUUCUUUGGCUUAACCGAGGAGCAGCGCCGCUCACAGCAGCUCUUCGAGGCCACAUUUGGCCUACGCUUCGUGCGCCCCUUCGAGCAGCUCAACGAAACACGCAGCACUGCUGCCCAGGGGCGUGUGCCGCCUGAAGACCUUGAGGCUGUGCGCAGGCUGAACCACUUAGAUGUGCAGCUGUACGACUACGCCCGCAAGCUGAUGUCAGAGCGGCUGCAGCGCCUCGAGGAACGUGGACCCAGCUAGCAGCCAGGGACACUGUGGCUGAGACAUUGCCAGUGGCCUGGCCCUCGAGAGAAGUUGUUGGGUCUGCCCUCCCGGUGCCCCUCUGAGCUGACUCAGGCGUGGCGUGUCCCCUACCGUGGCAGUGAUGAACACACGAUGGCAGCUCAAGGACCACUGCCAUGCAUGGCACAGUGUGGUUCCAGCCAUUGCAGUUGUACAAAGAGAGAUGGCUACUCCACACCAAGGAGUAGGGAACAUGAAGGAAGGAAGCACGUAAUCACUGUCGCAGUCAGUGUGGAAUGUAAACACCGGGUAUCUCAUUUCUGCCAACGGUGCCCUCUUGGAAACAUUGGGGGUGCUGCCAACCCGUGUUGAGUGUGUCUCUAAGAGAAGAUGCACUGCUACGGCUACAUCCCAUAUGGCUAUCUGUAUGCCGUAUCCGUUGUGCCUGCGUGGAAGCAAGAUGACUGCAGUUUUCCUAUGCGUUUCCUUUUGUGACCACUGCAGAAAGCCAUCGUCGAGGGUCCAGCAGCUUCUGUGCCACGAUGUGAAGGGAAAUGCUUGUCCCCUGCCCUGCAAACCUAUUUUUUUUGCUUAGCUUACCCUUUAGACGUCAGUGCAUAGUUAAAUAAUGUGCUGGGCAACAUUUAAAUGCAGGCACGUGACAUGCCCUACUAGUCUGCUACCCAAAUAGUUAAAACCCAGUCAUUUAUAUAAAUGUUUGUUACUGAAGCACUUUCACCAGAUUCUGCAUCAAAAAUGAGCCCUGCAAGUAAGCCAGCAUUUAUUGAACUUCACUUACCAUAAAGCCAUUUUGUUCUAUGGCCAUUUAUUUUUCAUGAUCGAAAAGGUAGUGAGAUUGGCAGGCAGUAAAAAAUUUGAGCGACCAUGUCUGAGAAAGUGUGCUAGAAACCAACAGCCUUAUUUGCCUUAAUUCUUUGGGCUGCAGGUGUUGGAAGAUCUGUCCAUUGUAAGAUGCUGAACACAAACUUGCACAAUUGAGAAACAUAGCUUCUUGCUCUUAUGCACAGUCAUGUUUGAUUAUCAGAAAUGAACCUAAAUAUUAAUAAUGCAUGAACAUGAGAAAUCAGGAAUUUACCAGCUAUGCUGUAAACACACAACUUAAGUUUAUUGAGCCUUUUGUCAAUUCUGCAUGAAAAGAAUAUUUAAUUUCAUACUUUGAUUACAGAGGUGGCUGUAUGGCUUGUUCUGUGAGCCUCUUCAUAGAAGAUUUGUUAAAUGGUAAUGAUUAACCUCAUUUACCUCCAAUUGCUGUAAAUGAACUCUUUUCAUUACACUAGAAGCUAGAAUGUCUUGAACACAAAGCACCUUGAAGGAGUAAACAAAUACUUCGAAUUAAGAAUAAUAAAUGAUGUUGAAUCAGGAAAGUUUUAAACAUUAUUUAAUGGUCAUGAAUUUUGUGCCAGCUGCUUGCACAUGCGCAGCAGUCUUCUCUCAUUGCAUAGCAACAGUCUUGCCAGUUGUCAAUAGUUUUAGCAUCUAGGAAUGUACUUCUUGCUACUGUGCUACAGUAGAACCCCGCCAAUAUGUUCUUGUAGGACCGUAAAAAGAGAAAAAAAACAUAAGAGCUGGGAAACCAGAAAAAAUUUUAAAUGACAGUAGUGGGGAAAUGCACUAAAUUUUAUUGCAAUGUUAGUGCAGGAUUGUUAGUGCAAUGUUAGUGCAAAAUUGAGCAGGAUUGUCUGCCACAUUGUUCCACGCCAGAUAAGAGCAAUAUGUUUCUACUUCCUCAGUAAAUCUAGUGCCGCUACAGCCGACAAAAAGGUGGGCUCUAGCAGCUGCUCCCCCUCCUCCUCAAGGCUUCGGCACACCUAACCAUGAUCUUGUCAAUGGUUAAAACCUCGGAGGUGAGGGUGGUGUCAUCCACAGAAACGUAAUCGUAUGUGAUCCCAUUUGCACCAAUAGUUUCCAUGGCUGUGUCGAGCUUGUCGCAGUCCGUGAAGGCUUCAUCUACUUUUUCAGCUGUGCAAUCUGCCCCAUCAAACCACUUUGCGAAUCAGUUCUAGCUGCAGGGAUAGUGCAUCAUGCUGUUGCUAAAUAAUGCACAGCACUUUAGGUUUUGUUGCUUGUCGAAUGCCGCCCGUGCUCUACAUUGGCCAGGGACCGUUUCACAAUAGAAGGGUGCCACGUUUUUUAUGAUGCCAUCAUCCAAGGGCUGAAGGUGGGUUGUCGUAUUGGUCGGAAGAUGCUCCACCUUAAUGUAUUCCAGAGACGUGGUGUCUUUUGGAUGCAUGGAGCAGUUUAUUGUCCAGAAAAAGAACAACUCUUCUGCCCUAGCUGCCCAUCUUCAAGUCCGCGUGCGCCAAAACCUCUUUAAAAAAGCCAGCACAUCAUCGACGCCUCGCUGUUGCAUUAAACCUUGAUAUAAUGAACUUCAAUAUAACGAUAUUCUUGAUAUAACGUAGUGCAGUAUUUCACUUUUUAAAACUUCUUGUCCAUAGAACACCAUGUAUUUUACACUUAAAUAUAUAAUGAAGUGUGUUUAUACACUUUUCAAUAUAACAAAAUUUGCUGCUGCUAAGGAAUAUGGAGGCAAUAAAUAGAAACUGCCGCAGACGUGAAUUGUCAAAUGGUUGAAAUACAUACGGUUGCUUGCAAAUGCCCCUCUCAAAUCGUGCACCGCACCACAGAGGGAAGCCGCCGAAGCGGAGUAGCGUAGUAGCAAGACCCUCAUGUGUAUAAAGUCCACGUGCGAUAGGAUCGUAUUGUGCACCCUAUGCUGUGGGUGCGAGGAAAAAGCAUCCGAGGGUGAGCUGCAAAAGAUGGUGGGGAAAGUGCGAGGCUGGGCAGGGGUCUGCUCUAGCCUGGCUGCAUGACUGUCCUCGCAGCUGAGUGCUUAUGUGGCUCCCAUGCCCCAUCUUGGAGCUAAUCUGUAGUAGGUGCAAAGGUUGGGCAAGCUGAGAUUGUUGUGGCUUCAUGGGCACUGUCUUACCCACGCAUUAGGCACUGGAGGUCGCAUAAUCCUGAGUUUCAGAGACGCGUUUGAGUGAGAGGCAAACGAAGCGUUCGCUCUCCUCUGCCUGUGCUCUUCAAUAUAGCGUCGUUCCACUCUGGGUGACACUAGAAGCUGCGGCAACGGAGUGGACGCUAAAGCUUUGCAGGCUUUGCUUUGUACCGUUGAUGUGAGGAUAUCGACAUGGCAUGAAACCUCAUCUUUGCUCGCUGACUCUCAAACUCAACAAAAUGUUUUUUCUUUCUGAUUGCAGUUCUUUUACGAUUGCCCGAUAAUACGGAAAAUUUUACAGCCCCUUCCGUGUAGCAAAAUCUGUUGGUGGCUGUAAUUAUUUGCAUAAAAGGUAAAAUUCUAAUAUAACGAAAUUUCAGUUUAACGAACUAAAGUGCCAAUUUUACCAACUUCGAUACACUGACGUUUAACUGUAUUUCUGUAGUGGCAGGUCAGGUGGCUGAUAUUCUUCAGACAGUGUGGGUUCCCAAAUUUUCCUGUAGCCCAGGGCUUCAUCAUUUUUGAACCAUCAGAGUUCCAGUUCAGCAGCAUACUUAAACACUCCCUGCUGUAUUUUUUUUAGUGGCAAGCUUCGCUUAUAACGCUCAGCAUCUUAGAUGGCUGCACCUUGAAAAAGGCAUCGAAAAUGCCCUUGGGUUUGUAAUCCUUGGCUAUGGACACUACGGCCUUUUUCCAGGUGUUGACGGUUGCCAUGUCGAUGCUUGCUGCCUCUCUGUUCACCGUCCGGUAGCAUAUCCCAUGCCUCUUUUUAAAGCAGUUGAUUCUACCGACAAAAAUCAUCAAUGCUGAGCGUGUUGGCAAUCUGCAGCACUCUUUUUUUACAUGAUGGUAUUGUCGAGGUUUACUCCUGCAGCUCUGAUUUGCUUAAACUAUUUGAAAACGGCCUCAUUUGGCUGCCAUGUGCUUGGAACCCCAGGUUUGCUUGCAUCUGACAUUGAAGGCUCAGGCUUUUUUCUCAAUUUCUAUGUCUUUUUUUUUUGAAACAAUGAAAUUCAGGUUAGAAGGCAGGAGUCCCAAUUUCCUUGCUAUGCAAACCAUCUUCCAUGUUGGGUUUUCAUUCAUUGUGCGGGAAAUGCUCAACUUCUCUUGCUUCGAAAAAUUUUUUCCCUUUCUUGAUGCCAUGGUUGGAAACCAACUGAUGCUUCCACGAUAGACAAACUACAGUUUCUGUGCGUACAAGGCAGGCCACUGGGCACAUUGGAGGUGUGAUGCUGCACACGAUGAAUUGACUCCUUGUGUCUCACACGGCGCAUGCACAGCAGGAAAGAAGGGCAGUAGGACGACGUGCACCAACACCUCCGUGCACGCAGCAAGCUCGUGUGAUGAGUCAGCAGUACAAAGCAGCUAAGUUAUGUGCGAGAAGCAUGGAUAGUGCAACCACCGACAAUAAUAAUGGUUAUGAUAAUGGCACAGCCUGCCCGGUUGCCCUCUGCCGCCUUUGCCCUAUCGCACAAUGCUCCCACUACUUCGUGUGGCUAAUCCUAUAGUCAAGCCAGGCCAAGCCGCGUCAAAAGUCAACAUGGCCAGCUUGGAAUGCCAGCUCACAACGUAUUAUGUGGGAAUGUUGCCACAGUUGCAAUAUGACAGCGAGGUUCCUAAUGCAGUGGAUCCUAUAGGAGCUAUGCAGGGACUGACGAAAAUGACAUAGCCGGGAAAAUUCAGCACCCGAGAACGUAAUACGUAGUGUGAUUAUACUUUGUUGGGUAUUCACUUCAGUUCUCAUUUCAGAAUUGGAAUUUUCAAAGUAUUCAGAACAAACACAUAAAUUGGAAGACAUGUACUAUUCCUAGCUUUGGUUUUGGUGAGCAAGUCACAUGUAAUGGGCACAGAUCACAGACAAUACAAGCUGAAGACAGUAGCGCACCCAGGAUCUCUGCCAGGGGGGGGGGGGGGGGGGGGGUUGACAGUUUGCCUUAGUUUGCCAAUACCAUCUAAACAGCACUAAUUUCAAUUUCUUCACGGGAAGUUGUCAAAAAGUGCGCUUUUUGCGCAAGUUUGCGAGUGUGCAGACGAUUGCGUGUCUUACAUCUUAGUUGCAGUACUCCAAGGCGCAAGGAAAGAAAAGGGAUUAAACAAAAGGGGGGGGGGGGUUCACUCGGCCUCAGGGGGGGUUACACCCCCCCCCCCCCCCCCGUUGGUGCGCCACUGGCUGAAGACGAGGUAAUCUACACCCACCAACUGAUCUUUGCACCUGAUUGAUUAGUUGAACAUUCCUGCGAAACCGCCACCUUAGUUAUUGUACUAAUGUAUAAUGGUGAUCGAAAUUUUGGACACCGUACGACGUUUUGCUCAAUUUUUCUGAUGUGAUUCAUGCUCGCAUUUGAAGAUUGGUGGCCAUGAAGAAAGUUGGCGCCUUUUACACGUUGUGUCCCGUGCUCUUGCUUUCACUCACGAGGCGGUUUCUCAGCAUUCCGAAAGCCAUACAAAUAGAUCUGCAUCGACCGGACACAAAACUCGAGUGACUAACUUUAAAACUAACUUCGGUUGCUGACCAACAGUGAAGCUGUGCUGGUUAUGUAUAACAGCAUAAAGGGCAGUGCAGCUGCGACAAAAAUUUCCUGCUGACUGGGUUGGUGGCCAAGUGGCAGAGCGUCACAAGAAGAUUGUCGAUAUGCUGGUGUGUUCGUACGAGUGGCUUAUCGUUAAAUGGGCCUGAGACCCUGCACACAGGCUAUAAGAGCAAUGUUCAGGUUCGCGGUCGACCAGCCAACUACAGUGGGCGUGCCUACCAAUUCAUCUGUGUGCUCACUGGAUGGAACGGGCUAAGCUCACAAGUUGUUAGAAAGCACCAAAUUGCAUUUGCACAAUCCAGCCUAUGCUGCCAGAGCAGCGCACUCAAGGUUGCGUGCUACAUGUGUACGUUGUGACACUGCGACUUGUUUUCAGCUUGCGCCAAAUUCCUCCGCAACCAUGUCCAUCAUGAAAUUUUAAGCAGGUUGUGCUACAACUGAGCGAAAUUCUGUACGCAGUUUUGCUGUACUGCUGGCAUCGUAAAAAAAGGGGAAAAUUGAAUGUUGAACAAAUUGCAUUUUUGCAUAAAAAUAUCUGAAUAGACUUUGAAAAUAAUCUGUUCGCUGAAAUAAAACUGUUCCCAUAUUUCUAAGUAAAGCCACCCCAGCCUCCUCAUUUUUAGAUUUGUAAACUUUGGUGGUUGUUUCAAGGUUUGAUGCAAAUGCUACAAUUAUUCGAAUAAUUUUCAUUGAAAUUAUAUUUGAUAUUCAUAUUCGCACUAGCCUAGUGUGACCACAUAUCUGACGUGGUAUACAUGCUUCCCUGUGGCAGCUUGCUUUGAAUUUUGCAUGUGCUGCAUGCAAGCUGCUGUUGUCUCUGUUCAUUCUGUCUGUGCCUCGUGAGGGUUGUCUCAAUUGCUCCUGUCAAUACUGCGGUACCUUCUACUGAAAGUGACUGUGCACUCUUGAAAGGCUUGGAAGGCCACUGACUGCUAGUCUUAGAAUUUGAGAAUCAGAAUAGAAAAUAUUCCAUUCACUAUUCAGAUUACUAGAACUGUUACUAUUCAAUUCGUACUCUUAUACAGUUAAACCUUGAUAUAAAACACUCCACUGUAAUGAAAUUCUCGAUUUUCUUGAUAACUUUUUAUAACUUGUCCAUAAACACAAUGUAUUUUUAAUGUCUAUACAACGAAGUGUGUUUAUACGCAAUUUCAAUUUGUUGAGUCUCACUGCCACCGCAAAGAAAUACCGAAGCCAUAAAGGGAAACUGCCGCAGACAGUUAAAUGAUUGAAUUUCAUGUGACUGCUUGUCAACACUCUCAAAUCCAUAUGCCUUGUGGUGAAUUCCGCCAAAUAAAGAAAGAAAUAACCAUGUGGA